AUGAAUAAGAAAAUUCUUUCAUUAUUGGUUGCUUUAACCUUAUUACAAGUCGCAUUAAGUGCUGAUUGUGACUUUUGUAAAUUUAGUGCUGAUGGUACUGAUAGUGCUGGUGCUUGUACUGAUUGUGAUCCAAAUACUUGCACUAAGCAAACAAAAGCUGCUGGUGCUAAGGAGGAUGUUUGUACUGCUUUACCUUGUCCUUAAGGUACUUACAGUGCUAUAGGGUUUGAUAAUGAUGGUAAAGGAGGAAACUGUUCAGCUUGCGAUGCUGGUACUAGUACUCCUGCAGCUUAAACUAAGGGAACUGAUAAAUCAGUUUGUACUUUAAAGGCUUGUGUUCAAGGUACUUUUAGCUCUACAGGUUUCGAUAAUGAUGGUAAAGGAGGAAACUGUUCAGCUUGCGAUGCUGGUACUAGUACUCCUGCAGCUUAAACUAAGGGAUCUGAUAAAACAGUUUGUACUUUAAAGGCUUGCUCUCAAGGUACUUAUAGCUCUACAGGUUUCGAUAAUGAUGGUAAAGGAGGAAACUGUGCAGCUUGCGAUGUUGGUACUACUACUUCUGCAGCUUAAACUUAGGGAUCUGAUAAAUCAGCUUGUACUUUAAAGGCUUGUGUUCAAGGUACUUUUAGCUCUACAGGUUUCGAUAAUGAUGGUAAAGGAGGAGACUGUACACCUUGUGAUGAAGGUACUAGCACCGCUAGCAAUUAAACUUAGGGAACUGAUAAAGCUACAGUGUGCACUCUCGUUUUGAAGUAAUGUGUUGCUGGUACUAGCAGCGCAACAGGUUAUGACACUGACGGAAAAGGAAAUGGUUGUAAUCAAUGCGGAGCUAAUACUUACUCAGCAGCUGGAGCUAAAAAUUGUACUCCUUGCGCUAAUAGUCGUGUUGCACCUGUUGGUUCCACUGUAGUAACUGCUUGUGCUUGUCCUGAAGGAACUACUGGUCCUGAAGAUGGCACAAGCGUAUGUGAAACAAGCACUAAUUCUAACUCUAAGCUUAUUCAAUUUGUCUUAAGCUUCAUCUGUUUGGUUCUUCUUUUCUGA